AUGCCUACCUUUGAUCCCAGCGAAUUAAAUGUCGUUCUCGCUGUCUUUGGCGCGUUCAUCAUUCUAUUUGGUAUCAUAUCCGUCAAGAUCAAAAAUGUGUGGUACUUAGGCGAGGCCUUGCCGGCCGUAGUGUUGGGCAUAUGCCUGGGCCCUAUAGCUGCUAGGUUCAUCGACAGCGAGAGGUGGGGGUCAGCUGUUGAGGGGCAGACCCAAGAUAUCACUCUUGGGCUCACAAGAGUGAUGAUUGGCAUUCAGCUGGUCAUGGCUGGCUAUCAACUCCCAGCAAAGUACCAAAAGACACAAUGGAAGGAGAUGGCAAUCUUAAUGUUACCCAUUAUGACACUGAUGUGGUUAGCGACGACAGGCUGCAUCCUGGCAACCAUUCCCAAGUUGACAUUUCUGGGUGCUGGGGUCAUCGCUGCCUGCGUGACCUCGACGGAUCCAGUCCUGUCACAAGCCGUUGCCAAGGGGCCUUUCGCCGAUAAGUUCGUUCGGCGCUCUUUGCGUGAAAUCAUUUCUUCCGAGAGUGGCGCAAAUGACGGCUUCGGCUUCCCCAUAUUGAUGCUGACGACGUACCUCAUCCGGCACGCGGAGGGAUCUGAAGUGCACGCGGAUGGUUUGACAUUGCACGCAGUCAGUCGUACGCUUCUUCCGAGAGCCGGUGACGUCGCCCGCCAAGGCGGAGGCGUUGGUGUUGCUCUGCUGAAUUGGCUGCUGGAGACAUGGCUUUACUUUGUGCUCAUGAGUAUAGCCUACGGAAUCAUUAUGGGAACUCUGAUCAGGAUUGCACUGAAGUAUUCUGUCAGAAAAAAGUGGAUCGAUUCCGAAAGCUACGUCCUGGUGCCCACAGCGAUUGGUCUCUUCAUGAUGGGCACUUCAGGAGCCAUCGGAACUGACGAUUUGCUAUCUUGCUUCGUCGCUGGCAGUGCGCUCAACUGGGACGGCGAGUACCUUGCAGAGGCACAGAAGCGGCACGACGAAGUCAACGCCAGCAUCGACGUUCUUCUCAACUUUGGCGGCUUCAUAUAUCUCGGGACCAUCAUCCCAUGGAGUGACUUUAGCUCUGACAUAACCGGAAUCAGUCUCGGCCGACUCUUUGCCCUCGGCGCACUUGUUCUUGUAUUCCGUCGCAUCCCCGCCAUGCUUCUCACGUACAAGCUCAUGCCGAACACUAUCAUAGACUGGAAAGAAGCCUUAUUUAUGGGCUACUUUGGCCCUAUUGGCGUUGGUGCUGCGUUCUAUGUCGAGCAUGCGCGUCACCUCUUCCCUAAACUUGCUGAGGCCGAGGGCGACAGUGAGGUAGUUGACAUGCUUCGGGCUAUUGGUCCCGUCGUGUAUUGGCUUGCACUCUUCUCGAUUAUAGUCCACGGAAUCUCUAUCCCUAUCCUCAAUGUCAUAUAUGGAUUCAUGGGCGUUCAACCAGUUCAGGAUGAUGCCGUGGCAAUUCGACGCCGAUCUGUUCGCGUCCCUCCUCCAUCGAACGCGGUUGAGGGCGACAAGGAGACGUUCAUUGCCUUCAACCGUUUCUCUCGGCCUAAUUUGUCGCAGGAAACACUGCCGCAUAUGGGGGAUGACGACUCAUCUGUGGGAGAUCAAAAGGCUUUUCACCCAGACCUCGAGUCCGGCCUCCAGGAAGCUAGGCAAAAUGCAGGGUUAUCACCACGGAGAAGCUUCAAUCUCCCACGCCCGAAUGCACCUCGCAGCUUCAGUCUACCCCGGACAAGUUUGAGUCAACUGAAAUGGGAUCAACCACAUGUCACGCAGGGAUAG